GGGACUUGACCACUAGGCCGGGUCUCCCGUCAGUUGGGACACUUGCGGCUGCCCCAGGACGGGCAGCCUCGAUCCUGGUUUGUCAAUGGAUCCCGGGAGUCUGUGUCGGGGGAGGGCUGCCGUUGAGCCCGCCGCCGCCUCGCCCUGAACUGUUAGACCCCACACUGCCCCGCAAACCCCGAGAGAGACGAGCGUGCCCGGGACGGUGCUCAGGGCCACCUUUUCUGGGAAACCCGGGCGGUGACAGUGGGAGACCGGAGUCUGGCUCCACCGGCGGCCGGCGGGAGUAAGACAUGAGCCCGGAACAAGUCCCUGAGCUGCGCCGGGCCUCGCCGUCCACACCUGCCAGUUCCCCGCAUCCUCUCAGCCCCUGGCCAGGUGUCACCUCCUGGCCUCCUUUUCAAUGCGUACCACUUAGUGCGUGUGUAUUUAACUCAAGUCCGAUUGCCACCCUCUUGCCAGACCCAGAUAGGAAGCGGCUGAAAGGUCGGGCCUCGGCCCGGUGGGAGGGCAGCGAGGAGUGUACAGCAGGUUUGGCUGGGGCAGGUCGGUGGCCCCGCGUCCUGCCCCAGGGGAAACAGACGGUGUAAUCUGGCGUCCGAAGAAAUGAGCAGCACCAGCAAUAAGAGGGCUCCAACCACAGCAACCCAGAGGCUGAAGCAGGACUACCUUCGCAUUAAGAAAGACCCGGUGCCUUACAUCUGUGCCGAGCCCCUCCCUUCGAAUAUUCUCGAGUGGCACUAUGUCGUCCGAGGCCCAGAGAUGACCCCUUACGAAGGUGGCUAUUAUCAUGGAAAACUAGUUUUUCCCAGAGAAUUUCCUUUCAAACCUCCUAGUAUUUAUAUGAUAACUCCCAACGGAAGAUUUAAGUGCAACACCAGGCUGUGUCUUUCUAUCACGGAUUUCCACCCGGAUACGUGGAAUCCAGCCUGGUCUGUCUCCACCAUCCUGACCGGGCUCCUGAGCUUCAUGGUGGAGAAGGGCCCCACCCUGGGCAGUAUCGAGACGUCGGACUUCACGAAAAGACAACUGGCAGCGGAGAGUUUAGCGUUUAAUUUGAAAGAUAAAGUCUUUUGUGAAUUAUUUCCUGAAGUUGUGGAGGAAAUUAAACAAAAACAGAAAGCACAAGACGAACUCAGUAGCAAACCCCAGACUCUUCCCUUGCCAGACGUCGUUCCAGACGGGGAGACGCACCUGGUACAGAAUGGGAUUCAGCUUCUCAACGGGCAUGCGCCGGGGGCCGUCCCCAACCUCGCAGGGCUCCAGCAGGCCAACCGGCACCACGGACUCCUGGGCGGCGCCCUGGCGAACUUGUUUGUUAUCGUUGGGUUUGCGGCCUAUGCUUACACGGUCAAGUACGUGCUGAGGUACAUCGCGCAGGAGUGAGGCCCAGGCGCCACUGAGGGCACCGCGCACCAGAGUGACCUGGGCAGGCUGGACACACGGCCCAGCACAGGCGGACCCACCGGGCUCCUGGGGUUAGCGUUUAAAAGCCUGAAAGGGGAAGCAGCAACCAAAAUGUGUGACUGGGCUGUGGAGGAGGCUGGAGACAGCCCUGCCCCGGCCUCCGCCGCUGGGGCUGGCCUGGAUGGGCCGCUGGUGUGCUGGAUUUGUAGCUUAUCUUCCGUGUUGUCUUUGGACCUGUUUUAGUAAACCCGUUUUUCAUU